CCUCUGGUGUCACUUUCUAUAAAGACAUUAAUCUUAUGGGAUUAGGGCCCCACCCUUAUGACCUAAUUUAAUUUUUAUUACCUCCCUAAAGGCCUAGCUCCAACUAGAGAUGGUCCCUGACUUAAGAUUUUUUUGACUUUAUGAUGGUCCAAAAGCCAUAUGCACUCUAGAAUCUGUACUUUGAGUACCCAUAAAACCAUCCAGUUUUUCAUUCAGUACAGUAUUUAGUAGAUUACAUGAAAUACUCAAUACUUUAUUAAAAAAUAAGCUUUGUGUUAGAUGAUUUUGCCUAACUGAAGGCUAAUGUAAAUAUUCUGAGCAUGUUUUAGGUAGGCUACGCUAAGCUAUGAUAUUUGGUAGGUUAGAAGCAUUAAAUGCAUUUUUGACUUAUGAUCUUUUCAACUUAAGGUAUUUUCAAUUUAUGGUGGGUUUAUUGGAACAUAACCCCUUUGUAAGUUAAGGAACAUUUAUAUAGUCACAUUAGAAGUGAGGGCUUCAGUAUAUGAAUUUUUUUUGGGGGGGGGGACACAAUUCAGUCCAUACCAGUCAUGAUAAAAUAUGCAAAGUUAUUUAAACCCUUAGAAUAAACUCAAAAUUCACCGCCAUUAUUGAUUUUGGAUGCUAAUAACAGAAUGUAGACAUACAGUAGCUAGCUGUUGCCCAGUUUCAUGGUCUACUUGUCCUAGCCAACCUGAGGAUAGUACAGCAUAGAUAAAUUUGUGCUUGACCUUGUGAUCCUUACAUAUGGCAGGCUGUCUUAGUCCCUUUAGUGUUGCUAGAAAGGAAUACCCAAAGCUGGAUAAUUUAUAAAUAGAAAAGGUUUAUUCGGCUUAUGGUUCUGAUGUCCGGAAAAGUUCAAGACUGAGCAUCUGCAUCUGAUGGGAGCCUAAGACUGCUUCUCCUCAUGCCAGAAGGCAAAGGAGAGCUGGUGUGUGCAGAGAUUACAUGGCCAGAGGGGACGCAAAAGAAGAAAGGAAGUGCGACAUUCCUUUUAACCAGCUCUGGUGGAAAUAAAGAGAACUCAUUUACCCCCUCCCCAGGGAGGACAUUAAUCUAUUCAUGAAGGAACCACCUCCAUGACCCAACACUGCCCAUUAGUCCCUACCUCCAACAUUGGGGAUCAAAUUUCAACAGGAGGUUUAGGGGAACAAACAUCUAAAUUACAGCACAGGCCAACCACAUGCAUGCAUUACCAAUCAAGUAAAUAAUUUUGAAGUUAAAUGCAGAAAACUGCAAACUUUUGAGGCUGAUAUCCAGGGCCAGGAUUAAAAUAAAAAGUAUUAAUGCCUUAAACAGUAUGUACUGACCAUCUACCCUACUGCAAGGCCCUAGGGAGAAACUGAACAGACAUGGUUCCUGAUUCAACGGAGUUUACAGUCUAGGUAGGGAUACAGGCAAACCAUUUCAAUAGCUCGGAUGGAGAAAAUACCUGUGCUCCAAGGAAGGUACCUAACUCAGCAAGCUUCCCUGAGGAGCGACCCUAAACUGUGCCACAAAGAUGGUUAAGAAGAAAUGAGGCGGCUGGGCGUGGUGGCUAACGCCUGUAAUCCCAGCACUUUGGGAGGCCGAGGCUGGCGGAUUACGAAGUCAAGAGAUCGAGACCAUCCUGGCAAACAUGGUGAAACCCCGACUCUACUAAAAAUACAAAAAAAUUAACUAGGCGUGGUGGUACAUGCCUGUAAUCCCAGCUACUCGGGAGGCUGAGGUAGGAGAAUCGCUUGAAACCCGGAGGCGGAGGUUGCAGUGAGCCGAGAUCGCUCCACUGCACUCCACUCUGGCGACAGAGCGAAACUCGGCUCAAAAAAAAAAAAGAGGCGGGUUACGGCGCGGGUGCGGGGGGGCAGGGAAGGGGGCCUGCAGCACCGGCGAGGGGAAGGACCAACUUACUGAUACCUCAGCCAGUGGCUGAAGCCCUAAGAAUGGGCAGACCUGGCUCCGAAGGUCUCUUCAUAACACUACUGCCGCCAAGAAUGUAAGCUGCCCAAGCACGAGGACACUUUUAGAGGGCCCUCAGACUCAGCUUCUUUUGGUCUGCGCCUCAAAUUAAGCACAUGUCUUACAUUUCUCCCAGGUCCCAAUUUUCAAGGCUGCUUUUCUUUGUUUUUCUUUGUCGCUCCCCGCUCCUAAGAACCUUCGGCUGGGAAGACAUUCUUCAGGUGCAGAAACCAGGGGGAAGCUCCCAGAGCAGUGGGGGCUGAACUCAGGACACAGUCAUUUUUGCUGUUGAGCCUCUCCUGCGGCGCUGAGGAGGAAGGCUCAAAGUAACCAGCCAGAGCAGCCGCAGAGGGAAAAGCGAAGACAGUUCUGGUUCGGGCCCAGCGCUUCUCACCCUCUAGCUCUCUACUCUCCGCCGCGCAGCCUCCGCUCCCUCCACAUCACGCACGGCGCUUGAUUGACAUGUGGGCCCGCCCAAUCUCAGUGCAGCAGAGACCGCUGUCGCGUCAGGGACCGGGGAAGGGGGCGACUGAACCUAUCAGAUUGGGUCGAGUGUGGGUUUCCUGCCAGCGCGGAUCCGCCUGCCCACAGCGCGUGCCCCGCCCCUCUCCCGAGAGCUACGCGGCGGCGGCGGAGCGCAGGCCUCGUGCCGUUACGGCCAUCACGGCGGCCGCGGUGGCGUCCUGGAGCCCUCCUCAGUGCUGAAGCUGCUGAAAGAUGGCAGAAGAAGUGGUGGUGGUAGCCAAAUUUGAUUAUGUGGCCCAACAAGAACAAGAGUUGGACAUCAAGAAGAAUGAGAGGUUAUGGCUUCUGGAUGAUUCUAAGUCCUGGUGGCGAGUUCGAAAUUCCAUGAAUAAAACAGGUUUUGUGCCUUCUAACUAUGUGGAAAGGAAAAACAGUGCUCGGAAAGCAUCUAUUGUAAAAAACCUAAAGGAUACGUUAGGCAUUGGAAAAGUGAAAAGAAAACCUAGUGUGCCAGAUUCUGCAUCUCCUGCUGAUGAUAGUUUUGUUGACCCAGGGGAACGUCUCUAUGACCUCAACAUGCCCGCUUAUGUGAAAUUUAACUACAUGGCUGAGAGAGAGGAUGAAUUAUCAUUGAUAAAGGGGACAAAGGUGAUCGUCAUGGAGAAAUGCAGUGAUGGGUGGUGGCGUGGUAGCUACAAUGGACAAGUUGGAUGGUUCCCUUCAAACUACGUAACUGAAGAAGGUGACAGUCCUUUGGGUGACCAUGUGGGUUCUCUGUCAGAGAAAUUAGCAGCAGUCGUCAAUAACCUAAAUACUGGGCAAGUGUUGCAUGUGGUACAGGCUCUUUACCCAUUCAGCUCAUCUAAUGAUGAAGAACUUAAUUUCGAGAAAGGAGAUGUAAUGGAUGUUAUUGAAAAACCUGAAAAUGACCCAGAGUGGUGGAAAUGCAGGAAGAUCAAUGGUAUGGUUGGUCUAGUACCAAAAAACUAUGUUACCGUUAUGCAGAAUAAUCCAUUAACCUCAGGUUUGGAACCAUCACCUCCACAGUGUGAUUACAUUAGGCCUUCACUCACUGGAAAGUUUGCUGGCAAUCCUUGGUAUUAUGGCAAAGUCACCAGGCAUCAAGCAGAAAUGGCAUUAAAUGAAAGAGGACAUGAAGGGGAUUUCCUCAUUCGUGAUAGUGAAUCUUCGCCAAAUGAUUUCUCAGUAUCACUAAAAGCACAAGGGAAAAACAAGCAUUUUAAAGUCCAACUAAAAGAGACUGUCUACUGCAUUGGGCAGCGUAAAUUCAGCACCAUGGAAGAACUUGUAGAACAUUACAAAAAGGCACCAAUUUUUACAAGUGAACAAGGAGAAAAAUUAUAUCUUGUCAAGCAUUUAUCAUGAUACUGCUGACCAGAAGUGACUGCUGCAUAGCUGUAAUUUGUCAUGUAAUUGAAGACUGAGAAAAUGUUGGGUCCAGUCAUGCUUGAUUGGAAAUUGUUGUUUCUAAAUCUGUGUGAGAAUUGACAAUAAGUAUUUUUAUUAUAACUCAGCCCAUACAUAUAUACUAUGUAUGCAGUGCAUCUGCAUAGAACAGUUCCUUAUCCUUGGCCUUCUGUUUUAUUGGUUUUUUUCUUUGCUGUUUUCCCUUUGCUUCUAAUAUUACAGUUUUGUAUUUUGUAAACAAAAAUCAAAUAAUGCAUAUCAGAAUCUUUAUAUGGAAGAAAUCCUUUAUUGCCUUUCCUUUGUUUCCUUGUAAAGGCACCCUGUUCUGUUAUGGUUUUUCAUUAUAUAAAAUUAUUAUAUCUAUAUAUGACAUACGCUAAAAUAAAUUUCUUGGAGAGUGUUAAUCUUUUCUGUGACUAAAUAGCAAUAAUAAAUGGAAAAUUAGAAAUUAUUUCCAGGUAUUAUAUUUGUCACAGGCCAUUGUAAAUACCAAGUAUAUUCUGUCUGCCAUAAUUUUAAAAAAUGCAUUCAUUGUCUUCAGUCGUACAGCAAGACUCAUGAGACAUAGAUUAGAAAACAUGUUUUAUAAUUUUAAUUUACAACUGUUGGAAAUAAAAAUCACUUAAUUUUUUUUCCA